AUGAAGAAGAGUGCUGAUGCUGAGUAUGACUUCUUGGAUUUCUGGGAAGCGAAUCAAAAGUUCUUUGCUAUGAACCAAGGAACAACGGAAAACUUGAUGCAUUUCAAGGAACGAUUCUUGAGACAGGCUGAAGUCCUGCAAGAUCUAUAUGGCGUGGCCUGGUUCCGAGAUUUUGCAGUCAAGACGAAAGCGUAUGCUGCUAUUGCUAGCACCGAUACUGCUGCUCAAAACAAGAUCAAGGAUGAUAUCUUUGAAGCCGUUCUUGCAACAGGAUUCCUGUGUAAAGGUAAAGGAAAAGGAAAGGGGAAACCGAAGGAUGGAAAGAAGGCAGCAUGUUAUGUGUGUGGCAACAAAGAUCAUAUGUCUCCAAAAUGCCCAGACAGACUGCUACCAAAGAUCCAAUGGAAGAAUCAGGAUCAAUAUGUAGACUAUGGGAAGAAGCUCAAUCUUAAUCAGAUUGGAGCAACUGUCCCAGCUACUGUUCCAGCUAUAGUUCCUGGAGCUUCAGCAUCCACAAGUGGAGCAUCAAGUGUUGCGGGAAGUGUUAACACACCUUUGCGACUUGCUGGUACUACAGGUAAUCAAAUGAUGCAGGUUCCUUCUGGAAUGCAGCUCAUGCAGAUUCCAACUCAAGGUGGCGGCACUGUUACUGUCCCUUAUUCUAUGAAUUCUAACGGUGAGAUUGCCUUCAGUGAAAUGCAACUCAGCCAACAAGGAUUCAGAGGUACUCAAGUGCGCCAAGGAUUUGAUGCAACUCAAGCUCGAACUCCGCAAGCUGUGAAAUCUGGAUAUUCUGAAAGGUCAAAUGUCUUUCACGAUGCUAUCAAGGGAAAGGAUAAGUAUGGCAAUGAUGUCUAUCUUAUUCCAUGUCCUGCUGGAACGACUAACAUCAAACUUCAAUCCAACUGGCACUACGCUAGUUAA